AGUAUCUGUCCUCUCCUCAGGCCACGCCCACUCCUCAGCCCCCUCUCAGGCCACGCUCCUAGGGUCUCCACUUCCCGGACUCCUGCCCUGGAAUGAAGGAGCUGAGCCAGGAUGAUCCUCCAAGCAGGCCUGGUGUUGUCUUUCAUGCUGUGGGUCGAUCCCAGUGCAGGUAAUGAGUUCCGCUUCGCAUCGUAUAUCAGUGACUACAUGGUCCUGCAGAAGGAGCCCGCGGGGGCUGUGAUCUGGGGCUAUGGGGUCCCAGGAGCCAUGGUGACCGUGAGUCUGCUCCACCAGCAAGACACUAUCAUGAUGAAAGGGACCUGGGUGAAAGGAGACUCUAAUACCUGGACAGUGGUGCUGGAUCCUAUGAAGCCUGGGGGCCCCUUUGAACUAAUGGCGGAACAGGAUCUGGGGAGUGAGAACUCCACUCUGAGAGUUCGUGAAGUCUUAUUUGGGGACGUCUGGCUCUGCAGUGGGCAAAGUAACAUGCAGAUGACAGUGUCACAGAUAUUCAACUCCUCAGAAGAGCUGUCCAGUGCUGUGGCCUAUGAAUCCGUGCGUAUCUUCUCCGUAGCACUGGUUCAAGCCUGGCAGGAACUGGAGGACCUCCCCAAAGUUGACUUGCAGUGGUCCAAGCCUACUUCUGAAAACUUAGGCCAUGGCAGUUUCACCUACAUGUCAGCAGUGUGCUGGCUCUUCGGGCGCUACCUGUAUGAAAGACUGCGAUACCCCAUUGGACUCGUAGCCUCAUCCUGGGGUGGAACCCCUAUUGAAGCCUGGUCCUCUGGAAGGUCACUGAAAGCCUGUGGUGUCCGUAAGCAAGAAAGGUUGCCUGGCCCCGGCUUUGGACCCCAAGAGCACUCUGUCCUCUGGAAUGCCAUGAUCCAUCCUCUGCAGAAUAUGACCCUGAAAGGGGUCAUCUGGUACCAGGGGGAGGCCAAUAGAUUUAUUAACAGAGACCUGUACAACUGCACCUUCCCUGAGCUCAUAGCGGACUGGCGUCAAACCUUCCAUGUGGGCUCCCGAGGACAGACAGAGGAACUGUUCCCCUUUGGAUUUGUCCAGUUGUCUUCCUUUGUGUCUGAGAAGAUCCAAGAUGAGGAAUUUCCCAUCAUCCGUUGGCACCAAACAGCCGACUUUGGCUAUGUCCCCAAUCAGAGGAUGCCUAACACUUUCAUGGCUGUAGCUAUGGACCUUGGUGAUAAGUACUCGCCAUUUGGCAGCAUUCAUCCCCGGGAUAAACAAACAGUGGCAUACAGGCUGCACCUGGGGGCACGUGCAGUGGCUUAUGGGGAGAAGGUCAUCUUUCAAGGUCCAGUACCAAAGAACAUAGAGGUCUUGGCUGAGGGGAAACAGCUCCACCUCACAUAUUCACAGCCCAUCCAGGUGACGGCGCAGAGUGACAACAUCUUUACGGUGUCUUGUUGCAACAACAGUCAGUGCAAGUGGCUUCCAGUUCCCAUGGACACUUUCUCUUCCCAGUCCCUGAGCCUGAAUAUCAGCUCCUGUCAUGGAGUCCCGGUGGCUGUCCGCUACGCCUGGGCCACCUGGCCCUGCGAUUAUAAACAGUGCCUGCUAUACAACCCUGCCAGUACCCUGCCAGCUCCUCCAUUCUUUGCCUGCAUCUCCCACCUGCAGGGAACAGCACAGAAGUUUGGUAUGUGCCCUCAUCUGUCGUAGACAUAUGUGGGGUGCCUCAGAUCAGUGCUUCAUGAUAUUUUCCUUCGUUGUUGCAAAUCACCUUAAGCACAUCCCCAAAGCUGUUUGUCAGUCUUACUAAUGGUAAUGUAGAUGAUUGUAACCAAUGACUGGAGACAUUUGGGGAGGUGCCAAGGGAUGCGCCAUGUUGAGAAAGGCAUGUGGUCAUAGAGAGAAGGCCAUGCAGGCUGCUGGGACACGAGGAAACGGGCCUCACAGGCUUAGGAAAACCUGACAGCAGAGGCCAUCAUUUCUAGUACCUCCCUUUCUUGCUAAAGAGGGUUAAUAAUAAUAAUAAUAAUAAUAAUGAUAAUAAUAAUAA